AUGAAAUUAUUUUCAUAUAUAAUUUAUAGUUCUGUACUAUAUAACAUAACCACAGUGAUAGAAGUUUUUCAUUACUCAUUUGUGAAUCUUUUUGAUGAUGGCCUCACGUUUUUAAGCACAUUUAAAAGGAACACUAUUCCAUCGGAAAGCGCAAAAUGGGAUGACCCUCCUGAUUCUAUCAGUAUUGCUGACAAAACCCAAUGGGGUCAAUUUCGCCACGCACAUUUGCUUCAUCUGUUUGUUUUGAAAAACUGUCUACCCUCCCCCAGGUGUAAUUCUUACACAUUUUAUGUCAAUCCAGUAGAAAAGGAAGAAAAGGAAAUUGCAGAAAAUUUCCAAAUUUUUUCAACAUUCUUUCAAAACAUUCCAGGAAUUUUCAAAAAGUUGUGUCAAUUUUUUUCCACUGCAUAUUUUUUUUCUCCUCAUUUUUUCUGCAGUGAUGUUUACAUACUUUUAAAAAAAACGUGGAGGUAUAUUUAUUUAUUACAUGAGAAGAGUGUAUCGGUUACUUCUACUUCUGAGUCUUGUUUUACACCUGGCAUAAUAAGAGAUAAGGAAAAAUUCGCUUUUUCUUUCGCUCGCGCCUGCGAUUCUCAAUUCGAAGUUCAGAAGCAAAAGCAACAUGGAGAAGAGAGAGAAACAAAAUUGACGUGGCAAGACAACCGAGGUACACCUGGUGGGGGAAGGGAAGAAAAUAUAUUCCAGCAUCCAAAGGAGAUACAAACAUUAGGACAGAAUCUGCUGAACGAUAAGUACUACUUGACAAAGAAGAUAAAGGAUGUGUUCCGGAGAACAGGAUUCAGCAAACAGAGCGAACUAGAUGUGAUAUACAUUCCUCGUGUAGUUGUAAAACAAGAAAAUAGAAGUAAUGAAAAAUGCACACAAUGUGUAGUAAAUACAGUGCAUUCCCUUUAUGCACUAAAAUUAAGACAUGAUGUAGUUGCUGAGAGGUAUACAAAAUCGAUUCAUGGGAUAGAACCGUCAGAUGUGCAGAUUUACUAUGAUUAUGAAAAAAUGGUACAGAGGGGGGAGAAGAUUACUGAAAAUUUACGUGAUAUUAAUAUGAGUAACAGAAUUGGUAGAAGCAAAGAGAGAGAUGAAGAAGAAGAAGAAGAAGAAGACGUAAAAGAAGAGUUCUUCUCUUUCAUGCGAUGGCUAAGAGGGCCAUACAAAAUGAUCGACUUUGUGAAGAGAUUAUAUAUAACAUAUUUGGGAAAGGAAGAAGAAAUUUUCACAGAAGUAGAACCUGAUGCGGGAAAAAGCGUAAGGAGACAUGAACCAAAGAAAUUAAACUAUACUAUGAAGGGGAAAAUGGGUAGCGGAUCUUUUGGAGAAAUAUGGUAUGCAAUAGACAUGAAAAAAGAAGCAUCUUUUAAAAAUGUGGUUUUGAAAAAGAUAUUAAUUCAUAAAAAUGAAAAAACUUCAGAAGCAAAUGCAAUGAGAGAAAUAUAUUUUGGUGAAUUGCUAAAGAAUUGUGAAAACAUAAGUAGAUUCAUUGAAUUUUUUACAGAAUAUGAAAUGUCAGAAGAGAACGGAGAACAGAAAUAUGUAUGGUUAGUAUUUGCAAAUGAAGGAUAUUCCUUAUCGGAUCAUAUAUUUCAUGUAGAUGAAAAUAACGCAAGUGGGAUGCUAACACCAAGUAAUUUAUGGUGGAGUAUAAAAAAACAAAAUAUAGGCAUGCUAGUAUUAAAAGACAUAAUUCAACAAAUUUUAAAUGGAAUACAUAUAGCACAUCAGAAAAAUAUCACACAUAGAGAUUUAAAAAUGGAAAAUAUUUUCCUAUCUGCUAGUACACCUUUUACUGUUCGUGUUGGUGAUUGGGGAAGUGCAGUGAAAUUUGGAAAUGAUGAAUUUUUAUUUACUCCUUCAGAAAAUGAAGAAACAGAAGGAUACCAACCUCCUGAAUCGUUAUUUGGGCAUAUGAGAAGAAAUUUUAUGAGAUUACCAUAUUAUGAUAUGUGGAGUAUUGGUAUCAUAUUCUUACAGUUAGUAUUGGGUACUAAAAAUCCAUUAGAAGUUAAAAAUAAAAGAAAUAUAAUAAAAUUACAAAAAUUUUAUGCAAAAUAUUCAACUCCAGAUGCAUUAAAAGAAGCAAUAUUUUUGCAAAGUUUAUCAGAGCUCUGUUUACUCCCAUGGAAUAAAUCAUCCGAUGAAUUGAUACUUUUAAAAAAGAAAAAGUAUCCCUAUUCAUCCAUAUAUAAAAAUAACAAAAUUCUUAAUAUUAUUAGCCUUUCUCUUACCACAAACUUGAUUAAUUUAAAGAAGCACAGAUGUAGCAGUUUCAUGUUGGAGGAGUUUUCCACUGCACGCCAUUCGUUAAUUUCCGUAAUUCCGAAUGCAUCUCCUAUUUGUAAGGAUGCCAAUUGUUUAGAAGCCUACAAUGACAGCUUAAAAAAUUCUGUGAAAUAUGGUUACCAAUCUGGUGAAGUUGUAUAUGGGCAUUUGAUAAGUGCCAAUUUGCACCUCAGAGACAAGCAAAAAAGGAAAUUCACAGAUGUAGGUGCAGACACAGCAGUAGACGUAGGGACAGACACGGAUAAGCAUAUAUUUUUGAACAAUUCAUGUGAUGAUGAGAAAUUCCAGAAGAUUCUACAGGAUAGAGAUCCCUCGGGGGUAGGUCUUCCAAAUGCAAAUGCAAGAAAUUUACUCAGACGUCUGCUUACGUUUGAUUAUGCCACUAGGAUAAGUGCUGAGGAGGCUCUCAGGCAUCCCUGGUUCUUCGAACCCUAG